GGGAUCCGAGCGACCGUACUCUGCAGACUCCAGCUUGGACCUACGAGGGCUCACACACCAUGGCCGCGACCCAAGCCGAGAACCUCUCGCUGGUGGUGCACGGACCCGGCGACCUGCGUCUGGAAAACUACCCCAUCCCUGAACCGGGGCCAAAUGAGGUGCUGCUGAAGAUGCAUUCUGUUGGCAUCUGCGGCUCAGACGUCCACUACUGGCAGCACGGUCGAAUCGGGGAUUUCGUGGUGAAAAAGCCAAUGGUGCUGGGGCACGAAGCUUCAGGAACAGUCUUCAAAGUGGGAUCGUUAGUAAAACACCUGAAACCAGGUGACCGGGUUGCUAUCGAGCCUGGCGCUCCCCGAGAAACGGAUGAAUUCUGCAAGAUUGGCCGGUACAAUCUGUCACCAACCAUCUUCUUCUGUGCCACGCCCCCGGAUGAUGGAAACCUCUGUCGCUUCUACAAGCACAACGCAAACUUCUGCUACAAACUAGAAUUUGGCAACUCUGGCAACAAGCACAAAGUUGUUGAUGGAAAUGGCUCAGCUUCUCCAGCCACCCUGGAAAGAAAGAAGUUGGAAGGAGCCCUGAUUGAGCCACUGUCGGUGGGGAUCCAUGCCUGCCGGCGAGCAGGAGUCACCCUGGGCAACAAGGUCUUUGUAUGUGGAGCUGGGCCCAUCGGACUGGUCACUUUGCUUGUGGCCAAGGCAAUGGGAGCGGCUCAAGUGGUGGUGACUGACCUGUCUGCCUCUCGCUUGGCCAAAGCCCAGGAAGUCGGGGCAGAUCUCACCCUCCAGGUCUCCAAGGAGAGCCCCCAGGAAGUCGCCAGCAAAGUGGAGGGUCUGCUGGGGUGCAAGCCGGAAGUCAGCAUCGAGUGCACAGGGGCCGAGGCUGCCAUCCAGGCGGGCAUCUACGCAACACGUUCGGGAGGCACCCUGGUGCUUGUGGGUUUGGGCCCCGAGAUGACCACUGUGCCCCUGGUGCACGCAGCCAUCCGAGAAGUGGACAUCAAGGGCGUGUUUCGCUACUGCAACACGUGGCCCAUGGCGAUAUCCAUGCUGGCAUCCAAGUCCGUGAACGUUCGGCCCUUAGUCACCCAUCGGUUUCCCCUGGAGAAAGCUCUGGACGCCUUCGAAACAUCCAGAAAGGGAGUGGGAUUGAAAGUCAUGCUCAAAUGUGACCCCAAUGACCAGAAUCCCUGAUGUUAAUUGGGGCUCUGCCCUCAUCCUCACCCUGUCAGCUUUGGGGGGUGGGGGGACUGAAUGACGGGACAGAGGUGCAGUGGGGUGACUUUGAUACAGAAGUUUCUUUUGAAUGAUAAGAACCAUUAAAAUAAUUCAUGACAAACAGAAA